AUGACUCUCAUCUCGCCAUCCUCUAUCAUGAAAAUCCCUUCAUCAGAGCGAAAGAUUCACACUGCCACGCGCACGUGGCCAAUGCGUUGUGCGUGUGCGUGUGCACCGCAAUCAUCAUUCCGGUCGGACCUCCACAAUGGCGCUCGAGCCCUUCAAAGGUGGAUGUUGGAAGUAGGGUGCAUCAGGGUUUGGUUUGUCAAACAGUUGACGAGCGGAUACAGCGGUUGGUACUUGUCGGAUUCCAGUCGCAAUUUCCCCCUGGGGAAGGUGCCCACGUACAGCCCUUCGAAAUGCCCCCGUUAA